GCAGCAACGACCAUAAUGGGAAAGCACACCCUAACACGUGGCCGCCCACGGCCGCCAUUUUACGUAGCUCCUCUUCCGCGUAUUAGAAGACGGUGCCCGGGAAGGGUCAUUCCGCUCAGAGCAUCUCACGAAGAGCGGGGCGUGGCUACUACGUCGGCGGAAGAGGAAACGCGGGGAGCGGAUUGGCUGCUCUCGAUCAAACCAUCUCAGGUCGCGGCACGGAUGUUGGCGGGAGAUUUCAGCAUGGCGACCCUGGCGAACUCCUCCGGCGCUUCUUCUUCUUCUUCUUCCUCCUCCGUCCGGGAGCCCUGCUGGCCCGAAGGCUCGGCCGCCGAGAGCGGCUUCGUGCGCGCGGUGCUGGCGCUCCCAGGGAAGCCCGAGACCACCGUGAGGUUCUUUGAGCGGGGCGAUUACUACACGGUGCAUGGCGGCGACGCGAGGCUGGCGGCGGCCGAGGUCUUCAAGACACGGGGGGUCAUCCGGUUACUGGGUGCAGGAAACCAUAAACUUGAGAGUGUUGCCCUCAGCAAGAUGAAUUUUGAAUCUUUUUUGAGAAAUCUGCUUCUGGUUCGUCAGUACAGGGCAGAAAUAUACAAGAACAAGACAGGAAAUAAGUCCACCAGAGAGAGUGAGUGGUAUUUGGCAUACAAGGGCUCUCCAGGGAACCUCGCUCAGUUUGAAGAUAUUCUCUUUGGUAAUCAUGAUAUGACGUCUUCUGUCGGUGUCAUGGGCAUUAAGGUGCUCUCAGCAGAUGGUCAAAAGCUGGUUGGUGUUGGGUUUGUGGAUUCUUUGAUGAGGACGCUGGAAGUGUGUGAAUUUCCAGAUAAUGAUCAGUUUUCCAAUCUGGAAGCUCUGCUGGUUCAGAUGGGGCCCAAGGAAUGUCUGUUGCCCUCUGGAGAGUCUGCUGGCGAUAUGGAGAAACUGAGACUGGUCCUUCAAAGAGGAGGAAUUCUGAUCACAGAGAAGAAAAAGGGUGACUUUUCGACAAAAGAUAUUGUUCAAGACCUGAACCGCUUGCUGAAAUCAAGAAGGAAAGAGCGUGUGUCUAGUGCAGCUUUGCCCCAAAUGGACAAACAGAUUGCCAUUUCUGCCUUGUCUGCAGUGAUUAAGUAUUUAGAGCUCUUAAAUGAUGAAUCUAACUUUGGGGAUUUUGAACUCUCCACCUUUGAACUCCAUCAGUACAUGACACUGGAUCAUGCUGCUUCCAGAGCUCUUAACCUUUUCCAGGGUUCAUCAGACGUUGCCCAAGGGACGCAUUCUUUGGCUGGAUUGCUCAACAAGUGUAAAACGGCACAGGGACAGAGGCUGGUGAACCAGUGGAUUAAACAGCCCCUGAUGGACAAGAAACGAGUAGAAGAGAGGCUGAACUUGGUAGAGGCCUUUAUUGAAGAUGCAGAGCUCCGACAAUCUCUUCAAGAAGACCACCUCCGUCGCUUCCCAGACUUCAGUCGGAUCGUGAAAAAGUUUCAGAAGAAGGCUACUCUGCAGGACUGUUACAAAAUAUAUCAGUCCGUUAAUCAGAUACCCAAUGUAAUACAGGCCCUGGAGAAAAGUGGAGGAAACCAUGAAGUGCUUUUGAAAACCGUGUUCACAGGACCUCUUGGCGAGCUAUGUUCAGAUUUCUCCAACUUCCAAAAGAUGAUUGAUGAAACUUUGGACAUGAAUACGGUGGAGACCCAUGAAUAUCUUGUGAAGCCUUCCAUCGACCCAAACCUUGCUGAGUUGAGAAAGAACAUGGAUAAGCUAGAGGGGAAACUUCAGGGUGUGCUGAAGGCGGCAGCGAAGGACCUCAGUUUAGAAGCCGGCAAGAGUAUCAAAUUAGAAUGCAACGCGCAGUAUGGGCAUUUUUUCAGAGUUACCUACAGAGAGGAGAAGGUUUUGCGGAACAAUCUGAAAUACAAAGUCUUGGAAACCCUGAAGAAUGGGGUGAAGUUCUAUAACAGUGCAUUGAAAGAGAUAAAUGAAGAGUACAUAAAGAUCAGGAAAGAAUAUGAAGAAAUGCAAGAAGUCGUUGUUAAAGAGAUCAUCAACGUGGCUUCUGGUUAUAAGGAACCCAUACAGCUGCUGAAUGACAUCAUAGCGCAUCUGGAUGCCGUUGUCAGUUUUGCACAUGCAUCCACUGUAGCACCCAUACCAUAUGUGCGCCCAACAAUUCUGGAAAAGGGGCAAGGGGGGAUUGUGCUGAAAGGUGCCAGACACCCCUGCCUUGAAGUUCAAGAUGAUGUUGCCUUCAUCCCCAAUGAUGUGACCUUUGAGAGGAACAAGCAGAUGUUUCAUAUCAUUACCGGGCCGAAUAUGGGAGGAAAAUCAACCUAUAUCCGACAGACUGGAGUGAUUGUUCUUAUGGCUCAAAUUGGAUGUUUCGUGCCAUGUGAAUCGGCCGAAGUGACUAUUGUUGAUUCUAUCCUGGCUCGUGUAGGAGCUGGAGAUAGCCAGCUGAAAGGUGUUUCUACGUUCAUGGCAGAAAUGUUAGAGACGUCUUCCAUUCUUCGGGCUGCAACAGAAAACUCACUGAUUAUCAUUGACGAAUUGGGGAGAGGAACGUCUACGUAUGACGGGUUUGGAUUGGCAUGGGCAAUCUCGGAAUACAUUGCCACCAAAAUUGGAGCCUUUUGUAUGUUUGCUACUCAUUUCCAUGAGCUGACGGCCCUUGCUGACCAAGUUCCGACUGUGAACAAUUUACAUGUCACGGCACUAACUAGUGAAGACACCCUGACAAUGCUGUACCGUGUGAAAAAAGGGGCUUGUGAUCAGAGUUUUGGUAUCCAUGUAGCUGAGAUGGCUGCCUUUCCCAAGCAUGUGAUCGAGAGUGCCAAGUCAAAGGCUUUGGAGUUAGAGGAAUUCCAGGAUAUUGGGAAGCAGGAGGAAGCAGAGGAGGAUGAAGAACCAGCGGCUAAGAGAUGCUACAAAGAGAAACAGCAAGGUGAAAAAAUAAUCCAGGACUUCCUUUCUGAAGUGAAAGCGAUGUCACUGUCAGACAUGUCGGACGAAGACAUCAGAACCAAACUGAAAGAGCUCAAAGAGGAAGUUGUGAAACAUAACAACAGCUUUGUGAAUGAAAUUGUUUCCCGAAUAAAAGUUGCUUCGUGACAGGAGAGAACUAGACAGAAGACGACUGGCAACUCACCCUUUUUGAUGCCAUUAUGAUGUUGUAAUCCAAACUUGAGGCCAUUGCAUUUUGUCUGCUACUUUGCCUAUAACUUAAAGCAAACCACAUGGUGUGAUGGUAUCGUCUUGUAGUUUUUCUGUGGCCUUGAAAAUGGCAUCUGGUAAAACUGAGCCUAAGCAUUGGGAAAACUUGAAAAAGUCACAUUAGUGAGUUGAUGUUCAAGGGCUGUUGGCUUUGAUACUGAUCUGGCCGCAACAGAAGCAGCCACUGUUUUCUUGUCUUGCUCUGUAAUGUUUUGGCUCAUUUUGGAUCCAUGUCUUGAUCCAUUAACUGUCCCAGUUUUUCUAUUGGAAAUGUUAGUAUGUUAAAAGUUUUUUUUAAUUUAUGCCUGACUUUUGAAAUGAAUCAUUUCAUUGAAUUGUUUCCCCUCCUUUUAAGAGGCAUUCUCCUCUUCCUGAAAAAAAAAGCAACCUAUAAGUUUUAUCAUUUUGCCUGGAGACUUCUAAUUUCUGCUUAAUGAAAGCACAGAUGCUACCUUCUGUACAGUAGGGCCUCUGUUUAACCUGUGUAUUAUAUGUGUCAUGUUGUGAUUUCAUGGACAUGUUGAAUAUAUUCUACAGGAGAAUGUAUGGCUGUCCAGAUGGCUGCUGGACUGCAAAUUCUACCAUCCCUCACCCCAUUAGCUAUGCUGGCUUCCCUGACAGAGGUUGUAGGAAUAUCUAGAGUACUUUCCAUUCAUCUCUGUUCUACAAUAUUCAUUUAUCCUUAUGUAAAUAUAGCAUUACAAAAUA